UCCCUAUGCCACACCACCACCUCUUCAUCUCUCUCUUUUCCCAAAGCCCAAGACUCUGUUUUUCUCUGUCUCUCCGGACUGUGUGAAGCUUAAGCUUUAUUAAUGGCCAAGGACAUGGAAGUUGCAGAGAGGGGCUCCUUCUCAGCCAAGGACUACCACGACCCACCGCCUGCACCGCUCAUCGACGCGGCCGAGCUCACCAAAUGGUCGUUUUACAGAGCUCUCAUAGCUGAGUUCGUAGCCACUCUUCUCUUCCUCUACGUCACUGUGCUCACAGUGAUUGGCUACAAGAGCCAGACCGACCCAGCUGUCAAUGCUGACGCUUGCGGUGGGGUUGGGAUUCUGGGAAUUGCUUGGGCCUUUGGAGGCAUGAUCUUCGUGCUUGUUUACUGCACUGCUGGGAUUUCAGGGGGUCACAUUAACCCGGCGGUGACAUUUGGGCUGUUCCUGGCGCGGAAGGUGUCGCUGGUGAGAGCUGUGCUGUACAUGGUGGCUCAGUCGUUGGGAGCCAUAGCCGGUGUUGCGCUGGUGAAGGCUUUCCAGAAGAGCUACUACAUCAAGUACGGCGGCGGAGCCAACUCACUUAGCGAUGGAUACAGCACCGGAGUUGGAUUGGCUGCUGAGAUUAUUGGCACCUUUGUGCUGGUUUACACCGUCUUCUCUGCCACUGACCCCAAGAGGAGUGCUAGAGACUCCCAUGUUCCGGUUUUGGCUCCACUGCCAAUUGGGUUUGCUGUGUUCAUUGUCCACUUGGCCACCAUCCCAAUCACUGGCACUGGCAUCAACCCUGCUAGAAGUCUUGGAGCUGCUGUUAUCUACAACAAAGACAAGGCUUGGGAUGACCAAUGGAUUUUCUGGGUAGGACCCUUCAUUGGAGCAGCAAUUGCAGCCUUCUACCACCAAUUUAUCUUGAGAGCAGGAGCUGUCAAGGCCCUUGGAUCAUUCAGGAGCAACCCCCAUGUUUAAAUUUGAAUAUUUUCAGAGAAUAUGAAGGGAUUUGGAGGAACAAUAAGUUAAUUAUUAAGGGGGAAGUAGUAUUUAUAUUAAAUUGUGGCUUAUGCUAUGUGUGUGAAGGCUUCUUUUGCUCCUCUCUCAAUUAAAUUUCCAUCAGAAAAAGGGGCUCAGAGGCCAUGAAAUUGUAGAUAUAGUCGGAUUUUACCCUUUCUUUUCUUUUUACUGUUUCUGCAAGAACUUGCCUUUGAAUUUACUUCAACGUCACUGUCAUUUUCUCA